AUGAAAAAACUUGUAGCCUCCUGCCAUCAGAUCAGCAAACUUACCUCCUUCUAUAGGCAUCCUUUCCCCUCUUCCUCCACUAAGCAGAAGAGAGGUUUUCCUUUGUUUGCUUCCCUGUUGUUUUUUGACCAUGCCUCAGGGCAUGUGGAUCUUGGUUCCCAAAGCAGGGCUCAAAGCCAGGCCCCCUACAGUGGAAGUGUCCUAAGUGGACAGGCAAAGAACUCCCCGUUUCCCUUCUUACCUGAGGUUAAUGUCUCAUCUAUGUCCUGCCUCCUCCAUGACUUUGACUUGGCCUUUACAUUCAACUCUCCUGCCUACAGACUUUCUUGCUAG